AUGGCACAAUUUUUGCUAUCAUUCUCUUUGGCUAUUGUUGCUGUUCCAACAAUCCCGGUGACAGAUGCACAUUUCUAUGUAAGGAUGGACGUCAUUGUAAAUGCAAUCUUGGGCGCCUCUAGUCUUCGCUCGCACUCCCCAGAGACCAUCAGAGAGACAACAAAGGCCUCAGAUGUCAAAAGGCCCAAACUUCCUCAGAUGCCCAUCCCCCCUACAUUUCACCAAAGACUCCUGCACCUCCCUACCGCUGCCAAAAUCCAGCACCCGUCGUGGUCUCUCAAAAUUACAUGCGUAGCCUUGUUGAACAGCAUUGGGAUGCCGAAGUGA